AUUAACAACCUUAAAACAGGUGGACUUUCGAUGCAUGACAUACGUUGACAAUUUGAUGUCUUUUGUCUGUCAAGAUAGGAAAUUCUGUUAUAUAAUUAGUCAAUCCCACCGGGACAAUGAUGGUAAUACACAAUUUUAAGCGGUUGCUCCUUGCUAUAUUUUUCCUGUGUCAACUUGCACACUGUCUAAGUGAGACAAAUGUGACGAUGACAGAUGAAGACAUUUGCUUUUUGAAACUGUGCAGAGCUGGGAGGCAGUGUGUUGUAAUAAACAAGGUAGCCACGUGUCAGUGUGUAAGUUAUUGCCCUGACCACAUGCACCUGGUGUGUGGAAAUGAUGGACGUACCUAUCAUAACCCGUGCUCUCUUCACCGCACUGCCUGUAUAGAACAGAGACACAUUAAAGUCACAGAGAAAGGCCCAUGUGUAGUGAGCAACAAGGAAAUGGAAAUUAAAAAGCUUAAGAACAGCACUUGGAAACCUUUGAAGUGUAAAGAUGAUGCCAGAGUCUACAUGAGAAAAAUUUUCCUUAUGGAGCUAAUGCUAAGAAAUGGGAGAGAUGACAUUGUUUCGAAAAGAGCAAAAACCUACUUCAAAUCUGUGGACAGCGACAUGAAUAUUUACAUAACGUCAGAUGAAAUAUACCAUUACAUCAGACAAAAACGAAACGACAAAUCAACAGACAUCUCUAAAAGUUUCCGACAAAAGAUAGCGUGUAUAGACGCCAUGAUUGAUAUGGUGGAUAGUAACAAAGACUACAAACUAGACCAGACAGAGUUCACAGAACUGCUAAAGCCAGAACUGAUUCCAUUUUCAAAAGGCUGUCUCUUGUCUGGAAUUCAUUACUCGGAUGGCGAAUCCACGCGGAGAGAGUGUAAUACAUGUGUUUGUAGAGAUGGGAAAAUGGCCUGUUCGGCACAUGACUGCUCAAAGACUGUUGAAGGUAAAGAAACAUCUACACCUUCAAAAUACCAAAAGAACAUCCUAAAAAUGAUAAAAGAAUUGUUGGCGAAGACAACGAAAUGAAAAGUCUUAUAAAGUACUUUUGUGUGGGGAUUUCGUUUUUUUAUGUACAUUUAAAGAAAUCAUUUUAAUGUAGUGAUAUCAUUUAAAUUUAAUUACUGAUUAUCUAUUAUGUCUAAAAUAUAAUCCUCUUGCAGACAUACCUUUUCAUCUUCAAGAUCUGUUCAAUGAAAAGUUAACUGAUGCUAAAAUGAUAAUAUACAUGUACAGUGUACAUGUAUGUUUGCUUACUUUUUUGUUUAGAUAUUCCAUAUAUGAAUAUGUUCAGCAUAUAAAUUAUCAAUUUGUACGGUGCAUGUAUUCACUUACAAAUGUACUUAACACUAAAAUCUGAAUCGAAAUAUUUUUGUUGUUAAUGAUAUGGCCUUGACAUGACAUAGGUUGACAGACUCAAGCAACGAAACAUUUUUUUAAAUGUCAAUUCAUUCUCAUCUGUUCCGAAGCAUUUGAAUAAA